UCGCAGUGAGUUAUGUCCCUUGCAUCAAGUCUCGGCCAUUUUCAUAACAUCAAUGCAUUUUGUGAGUCAGAUGACUUUUCGUUUAAUCAUAACUAUUUUUGAGCAUCAUGGAUAAGUUGAAGAAAGCAUUAAGCGGGGACGAUGAAGACGAAGAGAAGAGUAUAGUUACACAGUUUUCAGAUGCAACAACAUUAAGUUGGUCGACAAGAAUCAAGGGUUUCAUUGUUUGUUUUGCCCUGGGAAUUGUCUUGUCAACACUGGGCACAUGUCUUCUGUUCGCCAAAAAUGGGUUGACUAUAUUUGCUGUUCUCUAUACAGUUGGAAAUCUGUUGUCUCUUGGGAGUACCUGCUUUUUGAUGGGACCUGUCAAUCAGAUUAAAAAAAUGUUUGCCAAAACCAGAAUAAUAGCAACCAUAUUGGUUGUGUUGAUGUUUAUUUUGACAUUGGUGUUUGCACUAGCGCUCAAGAUUCCAGCCUUGGCCAUCUUGUGUUGUUUACUGCAGUUUCUAGCUUUAACCUGGUAUUCCCUGUCCUAUAUUCCUUUUGCCAGGGACGCAGUAAAAAAAUGCUUUGCAAGCUGUAUAGACUAAUAAGAAGUAAAGAUACUAUCAUCAGAUUUGCACCAUUGUAAGAUGGGACUAUGUUAACAAUUGUGCAUGGAGCAAAAUCAGUAUGAGUGGUAAUGUGUCCUGACAUUAAAGAAUCCUGAAAGGAAUAUUGAUUACCAUGGUGAUGGCAGUGUCAGCAUCCAGACUGCGUGUUGCAGUCACAGCUAAAGCUCAGUUUAUUUUUUAUGAAAAUCGAAAUCUAACUGUUUUUGGGGGUUUUAAAUAUGCAUAUAUUUUCUUAAAUAUUUUUGUAUGUCAUUCAAGAUUAUGAAGAUGAUUAUCUUUAAUUAAAGUGUUUUUGUGCAGAAUUCCUCAUCUUAUAAAAUGUUAUUAAUUUGGCAGAAAUCAUUCAAAUAACAGAAUGUGUGUAUUAAAGUAUCAAAUCAUAGUUUCAACCCAUGAAAAUGGACACACGGUCUGGUUAAUCUACAAGAUGUAACUCGUUUGGAUAGAGUUGCUAUAGAAUGAAAGAAGAGUCUGUGGCAUCAAAAUAGUGAAAUACUUUUAAAAAUAGACUAAAACUUGACUCCAUAACCAUUGUUCUCAGACGCAUGUGCAUUUUUUAAAAUAUGAAAAAUGCAUUUUGUGAU